GCCGCUUCCCGCGACCCACAUUCGCGUUAUGUUGUAAGCCCCGCACGUAAAGACAUCGCAUCAGCCACGCGUAGCUACCUUCUCUGAUAACCUUCAUAAUCCUGAUGUCCGACUCUGAGGAUCGUGUAUCAGUCUCUGAUGAUCAGAUCCGCACUGCCCUGAAGAGUGCAAUCACCAGUAUAUUCAAGGCUGGGAACCAUGACGAGCUCACGGUCAAACGGAUGCGAGCUGCCGCUGAAUCGCAGUUAGGUCUUCCGGCUGGCUAUCUGAAAGAAGGUCUUUGGAAGAAUCGAAGCAAGGAGUUCAUAGAAGCAGAAGUAACCAGGCAAGACGAGCAGCAAGCGGGAGACAGCGAAGAACGGGACGAUGUGAGGCCAAUACCACAGUCCAAGAGAAGUCAGAAACCGAAAACAAAACCUUCAAUCGAUGGAAAGCUCAAAAGUCGCGUGAAACGCGCCUCUCCUGCUACUAGACAGGAACCACGAAAGAGGAGAAAAGUUGUCGCAUCAGAGUCCGAAGCUGACGAAGAGGAGGAAACCAGUCCGCUAUCGGAAGCUGGAGAUGACAGCGAUGGAGAGCAUUUAGAGGAGACAAAACCGAAGACAGAUGCUACUGACCCCGAAAGCGAGCUGCCCGAUGCCCUUGGUGAAUCCCAGCUCAUGAAGAAUCUUACGAAGAAUGGGCCGAAAGACCCAAAAAAGACCACCGUAAAUUCGGAAAGUGAGCUCUCAGAGGUCCCUGAUGAGCCUUCGCCUGUAAACAAUGCCAAGAAAACGCCACCUACAUACUCGAAGAGUGCUGCCGUAGACUCUGAGAGCGAGCUGUCAGAUGUCCUCGAUGAACCACCGGCAAAGAAGAAAGGUAGAAAUACCGCACAUACCAAGGCGACCCGAUCAGAAAAGCCAGCGAAGGGUGCUAGGAAGGCAAGCAAAGCCAAGGACGACUUAGAUCCCAAUGAUGCUGAAAUCAAACGACUACAAGGGUGGCUAGUCAAAUGUGGUAUUCGAAAAAUGUGGUGGAAGGAGCUUCAACCAUAUGUGACGCCAAAAGCAAAGAUCAGUCAUUUGAAGGGUAUGCUCAAAGAUGCAGGCAUGGACGGUCGAUAUUCCCUUGAAAAAGCACGCCAAAUCAUGGAGCGGCGUGAGAUGGAAGCCGAUCUAGAAGCAGUCCAAGAGGGAGCUAAACGAUGGGGUCAGGAGGAGUCUGAGAACGAUAGCGGCGGUCAUAAAGCAGGUGGGAAGCUAAGGAGAGGUCUCGCAAAAGGCUUUAAGGACCUGGAUUUCUCUGAUGAUGGUAUUGAGACUGACUAGGUCAGCGCGAUAUCCUCGCGUCUUUGGAACAAGAGCAGGCAGGACCUAAGAGCUGUAGCAAAAACUGGGUAGUUUGUGUAGGUAUAUUGCAAUCAGUGACCGCCCUUAUUGAUCUUAGAUACCAGAACCUCUCAAACAUUAGCUCAAGAAAGAACAACCUUCCACCUCCGAUUUCUCAACGAAGAUGGUAAUCCGCAUUGAGCCGAUGGAACCUACGCCAGGGGUAGACGUCCAGUGGUCAUUCGUUGCGCUACCAGGCUGAAAAGGGCAACAGAGGA